GGCUAUCAAAAUGUACAACGGAGAGAUAGAGAGACGCGAAAAUGCCGGUGCGCGAGAAACUCCAACGGCGAUCGUCGCGUCAAAAGCAUUUUCGACGCGCAACAGUAACGACGCUGACGACGGUCCCGUCCCAGUCCCAGUUAACGCGAAAUAUACAAACGGUCAGACGGCGGCGACACAGGCGACCAUAUUCCUCAGCCACAGCAAAAAUAGCCAUCUCCACAAUAGAAAAAACCCGCCAAAUUUCCAGCCAAACGCGUGUGUCAACGGCAACGGCAGCAGCAACACACAUACAGAGCAGAACGCAUCGCAAUUUGUGCCAAAUUUUAGCAAUUUAAAUUUUUACGCCCAACAGCCAACGACAGCGCAGACCAACAACAACAACUACGACGUUUGCCAUCAACAGCCAAACGACUAUUACCAGCAGCAGCAGCAGGCGAGUCAGCAGCAGGCGGAUCAGUACGAGGAGAACUUCGACGAAGACAUGGAGGCCGAACGUGAUCUUGCCGAGGAUGCGCAGUGGAAGAAGAUCCAACAGAACACCUUCACACGCUGGGCCAACGAACACCUGAAGACCAUCGAUCGGUCGAUAAACAAUCUGGAAACGGAUCUGUCCGAUGGCCUGCGGCUGAUUGCCCUCCUCGAGGUGCUGUCCCAGAAGCGUUUGCCCAAAUAUAACAAACGUCCAACAUUCCGCAGCCAGAAACUGGAGAACGUAUCGGUGGCCCUGAAAUUCCUGCAGGAUGAGGGCAUCAAAAUCGUUAACAUUGACUCCUCGGACAUUGUGGACUGUAAGCUGAAACUGAUACUGGGCCUGAUAUGGACGCUCAUUCUGCACUACUCGAUAUCGAUGCCCAUGUGGGAUGGCGAGGAUGAGAAGCAGCUGAAUGGCUCUGGGCCAACGCCCAAGCAGCGCCUGCUGAACUGGAUACAUGCCAAGAUACCCGAUUUGCCCAUCAACAACUUCACCAAUGACUGGACCACUGGCAAGGCGGUGGGCGCUUUAGUUGAUGCCUGCGCCCCAGGCCUGUGUCCCGACUGGGAGAUGUGGGAUUCGAAGGAUGCGGUGCAGAAUGCCUCCGAGGCCAUGGGUCUGGCCGAUGAUUGGCUGAAUGUGCGCCAACUGAUCAAGCCCGAGGAGCUGGUCAAUCCCAAUGUCGAUGAGCAGUCCAUGAUGACGUACUUGUCGCAGUAUCCCAACUCCAAGCUAAAGACCGGAGCACCAUUGAGGCCCAAGACGAAUCCCAACAGCAUUCCUCCGCCGCGAGUGCGUGCCUAUGGUCCUGGCAUCGAGCCGAUUGGCCCUGUGGUUGGUGCCCCAGCCAAUUUCACAGUGGAAACGUUCUCCGCCGGCAAAGGUGCUGUCGAUGUGGACAUUGAGGGACCCAAUGGAGAGGUCGAAAAGGCCGAUGUGCGGUUCAACAAUGACAAGAAUCUCACGUAUACGGUCUCGUACAUACCCAAGGCUGAGGGUCAGCACAAGGUGACCGUUCAGUUCUCUGGCCGCGACAUACCCAAGUCCCCGUUCCCCGUGAAGGUGGAGGGACAUGCUGGCGAUGCCUCCAAGGUGAAGGUUACUGGUCCGGGCAUCCAGCCCACCGGUGUGACCAUCAAGAAAGCAACCUUCUUCGAUAUUCUGGCCAAGGAUGCGGGUCGCGGCGUGCCCGAGGUGAUCAUCAUCGAUCCGGCCAACCACAAGACCUCGGUGGCGGCCAAGGUGCGUCAGUUGGAGAACGAUACUUGGCGCUGCGAAUACGUCACGGCCCUGCAGGGUCUGCACUCCGUCAAUGUGUUCUAUGCGGGCACUCCCAUACCGAACAGUCCGUUCCCCGUGAAGGUGGCGCCGCUGUCGGAUGCCCGCAAGGUGCGCGCCUCCGGACGCGGCCUCCAGGCCACGGGCGUGCGUGUCGGCGACGAUGCCGACUUCAAGAUCCACACCGAGGGAGCCGGCGAGGGUGUGCCCGAGGUGCGCGUCAUUGGUCCCGGCGGCAUGAACCAGAACGUCAUGCAGUCAAAGGUCGAUGGCAACACCUACGAUUGCCACUACUACCCCACCAAGGAGGGGCGCUACGUGAUCAUGGUGACGUUUGCUGGGCAGGAAGUGCCCAAGUCGCCGUUCGAGGUGAAGGUUGGACCCAAGAAGGAGUCCUCCAUUGUGGCCUAUGGGCCGGGACUGAGCAGCGGCGUCAUUGGCUAUCCGGCCGCCUUUGUGGUGGAGACCAAUGGAGAGACGGGCGCCCUCGGCUUCACCGUGGCCGGCCCCUCGCAGGCGGAGAUCGAGUGCCAUGACAAUGGCGAUGGCUCCGCACUCGUCAAGUAUCAUCCGACUGCUGUGGGCGAGUAUGCCGUGCACAUCCUGUGCGACAACGAGGACAUACCCAAGUCGCCGUUCAUUGCCCAGAUCCUGCCACGCACCGACUUCCAUCCCGAGCUGGUGAAGGCCAGUGGGCCGGGCCUGGAGAAGAAUGGCGUGACCAUCAGUCAGCCGACCAGCUUCGAUGUGGACACCAGCAAGGCGGGCAAUGCUCCCCUGGAUGUUGUCGUGCAGGAUGUCUACGGCACAAAGUUGCCCGUACAGCUGGCCAGCAAUCCCGAUGGCACCAAGAAGGCAACCUACACACCCACCUCUGGCGUGCCACACACCGUUGAAGUCAACUACGGAGGCGUUUCCACGCCCAACUCCCCACAUCGCGUGUACGUGGGCGUGCCCGUCGAUGCUGCCAAGGUGCAGGCGUUUGGUCCCUGGCUGCAGCCGGGCGUGCGUCCCAAUGUGCCCACCCACUUCAAUGUGGAUGCGCGCGAGGCAGGCGAGGCUGAGCUCAAGGUGAAGAUCAUUCACGAGGAGACCAAGAUUGAGGUGCCCUGCAGGAUCAUCGACAACGAGGACAGCACCUACUCGGUGGAGGUUAUGCCCCCAGCCAAGGGCGCCUACACCACGACCAUGACAUAUGGUGGCCAGCGCGUGCCACUCGGCCAGAAGGUUGUGGUGGAGCAGACAGUGGAUGUGUCCAAGAUCAAGGUGGACGGACUCGAGCCCACCGCGCCCCUGAACAGUUUGCAGCAGUUCCGCAUCAUCACGCACGGCCUGCCGAAGGCCGAUCUGGCUGUGACCAUCACCAGUCCGUCGGGUAAUCGUGUCAAGGCGCACAUAAUACCCACAGCGGAGGGAUUUCUGGUUAACUUCACGCCCACCCAGCUGGGCGAGUAUCUGCUGAGCAUUUGCUUUGGCGGCACGCCCAUCACGCCGCGUCCAUUCCGGCUGCAGUGCCUCACGGGCAGCGACUCCAACAAGGUACAGGCCUUUGGGCCGGGUCUGGAGCGCGGCAUUGUGGGCCAGCCGGCGGAGUUUAUGAUCGAUACACGCGGCGCCGGGCAGGGCGGUCUGGGCGUCACCGUCGAGGGGCCCUGCGAGGCGGCCAUUAAUUGUCGCGACAAUGGAGACGGCACCUGCAAUGUGGCCUAUCUGCCCACCGAAUCCGGGGACUACACCGUCAACAUAACGUUCAAUGAUCGUCACAUCAAUGGAUCGCCAUUCCAGCCGUUGAUUGUGCCCGUGCCGAAUCUGAAGAAUACACGAGUGAGCGGCAUCGGCAUACAGCCGCAUGGUGUCAUCAUGAAUGCCGCCACCGACUUUAUGGUGGACAUGAGCAAGGUGGGCAGCAACAUUGACUCGGGCAAGCUGUCCUGCGCCAUCUUCGAUCCCAUGGGCCAUGUGCUGCCCAGCAAGAUUGUUCAGGGACCCACCGACGACAUCUUCCGCAUCAUGUACACGCCCUUCGAGGCGGGUCGCCACACCAUCGAGCUGAUGUACGACAACAUACCCGUGCCGGGCUCACCGUUUGUCGUGAAUGUGAAGAGCGGCUGUGAUCCGGCCCGCUGCAAGGCCUAUGGCCCGGGCCUGGAGAAGGGUCUGACCAACCAGAAGAACAAGUUCACUGUGGAGACCAAGGGCGCUGGCAACGGUGGCCUGUCGCUGGCCAUCGAGGGACCCUCGGAGGCCAAGAUGACCUGCACGGACAAUCGCGACGGCAGCUGCGAUGUGGAUUAUCUGGCCACCGAUCCGGGGGAGUAUGACAUCACCAUUCGCUUUGCGGACAAGCACAUACCCGGCUCACCGUUCCGCGUGCUCGUCGAGGAGACUGUGGAUCCCAGCAAGGUGAAGGUUUACGGACCGGGCAUCGAGCAUGGACAGGUGCGCGAGGGUGUGCCGACCCUCUUCAAUGUGGAUGUGGGCGAGGCUGGUCCUGGCCGCAUCGCCGUUAAGCUGACCAAUUCGGAGGGCAUUCCCGUUGACAAUCUGCGCGUGGAGGACAAGGGCAAUUGCAUUUACGCGGUCCACUAUGUGCCGCCCAAGGCGGGCUCUGUGCUCACGUGCCAGGUGAAGUUCUCCGAGGUGGAGGUGCCAUGCAGUCCAUUUGUGAUGACCGUUUUCCCCAAAUCGGAGGCCACCAAGGUCAAGGUGAAGGGCGUCAAUGAGCGCAAGAAGACACCUGCCUCGCUGCCUGCCGAGUUUGAGAUUGACACAAAGCAGGCCGGCCAGGCGGACAUCAAUGUGGCCAUCAAGAAUCCCAAGGGCAAGGCCAUGCAGCCACGCUUGGAGGAGGUGUCCACUGGCACCUAUGUGGUGUCGUUUGUGCCCGAUGAGUGCGGCACGUAUCAGUGCAGCAUCAAGUAUGGCGACAAGGAGAUCGAGGGCUCGCCGUUCAAACUCGAAGCAUUCCCCACCGGCGAGGCCAAGAAGUGCAAGCUGGUGGAGCAGGCGCCCAAGAUACAGCCCUCGGGCAGUCAGUCGCACCUGAAGGUGGAUGCACGUGAGGCUGGCGAUGGUGCCGUCACCUGCAAGAUCACCAACAAGGAGGGCAGCGAAAUUGUGGGCAUUGAUGUGAUCGAGAAGGAUGGCUUCUUCGAUAUUUUGUACGCACUGAACGAUCCCGGGGACUAUGACAUCAAUGUGAAGUUUGGCGGCAAAGACAUACCCAAUGGCAGCUUCUCCAUCAAGGCUGUCGAAAGCAUCGAGGAAUACUCGCACAGCGAAUACAUCGAAGAGCACUCAACCAAAGUGGUUCAGAAAACAACGCAGAGCGAACUUGUCAACGGAAAGUCCGAGGUCUCCUAUCGAAGUGUUGCCUUUGAGAAAUUGCCAUUACCCACAACAGGCGGCAACGUUACAGCUGAAGUCAAAAUGCCAAGCGGUAAGGUAGACAAACCCGUUAUCCAGGACAAUCGUGAUGGUACCGUCUCGGUGAAGUACGAUCCACGCGAAGAGGGCUCCCACGAGCUGGUCGUCAAAUACAAUGGCGAACCCGUUCAAGGUUCCCCCUUCAAAUUCCACGUCGACUCGAUCACCUCUGGCUAUGUGACGGCCUAUGGACCGGGUCUGACCCACGGUAUCACUGGCGAGCCGGCCAAUUUCACCAUCUCGACCAAGGGCGCCAGCGCCGGUGGGCUGACAAUGGCCGUCGAGGGACCCAGCAAGGCAGUUAUCAACUACCAUGACAACAAAGACGGCACUGUCUCGGUGCAAUAUCUGCCCACGGCGCCCGGCGAGUACCAGGUGUCGGUGCGCUUCGGCGACAGGCACAUCAAGGGGUCGCCCUACUUUGCCAAGAUCACUGGCGAGGGUCGCAAGCGCAACCAGAUCUCGGUGGGCUCUUGCUCGGAGGUGACCAUGCCCGGCGACAUCACCGACGAUGAUUUGCGCGCAUUGAACGCCUCCAUCCAGGCGCCCAGCGGCCUCGAGGAGCCUUGCUUCCUCAAGCGCAUGCCCACCGGCAACAUUGGCAUUUCGUUCACACCCCGCGAGACCGGCGAGCAUCUGGUCUCGGUGAAGCGCAUGGGCAAGCACAUCAGCAACUCCCCCUUCAAGGUGACCGUCUGUGAGCGCGAAGUGGGCGACGCCAAGAAGGUGAAGGUGAGCGGAGCUGGCCUCAAGGAGGGCCAAACGCACGCGGACAACACCUUCUCAGUGGACACCCGCAACGCCGGCUUCGGCGGUCUCUCCGUCUCGAUCGAGGGUCCCAGCAAGGCCGAGAUCCAGUGCACGGACAAGGACGAUGGCACCCUCAACAUCUCGUACAAGCCCACCGAGCCGGGCUACUAUAUUGUCAAUCUGAAGUUCGCCGAUCAUCACGUGGAGGGAUCACCCUUCACCGUCAAGGUGGCCGGCGAGGGCAGCAACCGGAAGCGUGAGAAGAUUCAGCGCGAGCGCGAUGCCGUGCCCAUCACGGAGAUUGGCAGCCAGUGCAAGUUGACGUUCAAGAUGCCCGGCAUCACCUCGUUCGACCUGGCCGCGUGCGUCACAUCGCCCAGCAACGUCACCGAGGAUGCGGAGAUCCAGGAGAUCGAGGACGGCCUCUACUCGGUGCACUUUGUGCCCAAGGAGCUGGGAGUGCACACCGUCUCGGUGCGCUACUCCGAGAUGCACAUACCCGGCUCUCCCUUCCAGUUCACUGUCGGUCCCCUGCGCGAUUCGGGCAGCCAUUUGGUCAAGGCCGGCGGCUCCGGACUGGAGCGCGGCGUUGUCGGAGAGGCAGCCGAGUUCAAUGUGUGGACCCGUGAGGCGGGCGGUGGCUCCCUGGCCAUCUCCGUGGAGGGUCCCAGCAAGGCAGACAUCGAGUUCAAGGAUCGUAAGGACGGCAGCUGCGAUGUCUCGUACAAGGUGACCGAGCCGGGAGAGUACCGCGUGGGGCUGAAGUUCAACGAUCGCCACAUACCCGACUCACCCUUCAAGGUGUACGUCUCUCCGGAUGCGGGCGAUGCCCACAAGCUGGAGGUGCAGCAGUUCCCGCAGGGCAACAUCCAGGCGGAUGCCCCCUACCAGUUUAUGGUGCGCAAGAACGGAGCUAAGGGUGAUCUGGAUGCCAGAAUUGUGGCACCAUCGGGCACCGACGAUGAUUGCUUCAUUCAGGCGAUCGAUGGGGAGAUGACUUCGGUGCGCUUUUAUCCACGCGAAAACGGAAUUCAUGCCAUCCACGUCAAGUUCAAUGGCGUCCACAUACCCGACUCUCCCUUCAGAAUCAAGGUUGGCAAGAAUGUGGCUGACCCAGCCGCUGUUCAUGCCACCGGCAAUGGCCUGGCCGAGGUCAAGACUGGACACAAGACCGACUUCAUAAUCAACACCUGCAAUGCCGGCGUUGGCACGCUAGCCGUCUCCAUCGAUGGCCCCUCCAAGGUGGCCAUGGACUGUACAGAGGUCGAGGAGGGCUACAAGGUCCGCUACACACCCCUGCUGCCCGGCGAGCACUACAUCACGGUCAAAUACAACAACGUGCACAUUGUGGGAUCACCGUUCAAGGUGGACGCUGUUGGCGAUAAGCUGGCCGAUGAGGGUGCACAGGAAACGUCGACUGUCAUCCUGGAGACCGUGCAGAAGUCAGCCAAGGGUGGCAAGAACACUGGCGUUCAUCUGCCCGCCUUCAAGUCCGAUGCCAGCAAGGUGGUGCCCAAGGGCAUGGGCCUGAACAGGGCCUACAUUGGCAAGCAAAAUCAGUUUAGCAUCUGUGCCACCGAUGCGGGCAACAACAUCUUGUAUGUUGGUAUGUAUGGACCAAAGGGACCCUGCGAGGAGUUCCAUGUCAAGCACGCUGGCCACAACAACUACAAUGUGCAGUAUCUGGUGCGCGAUCGCGGGCAGUAUGUGCUGCUGAUCAAGUGGGGCGAGGAGCAUAUACCCGGCUCCCCAUUCCAGAUUGAUGUCUAGGCAUAUAUGUAUGUGUAGGAUAUAUGCCACUCCUCUUCGUCGCUUCAUUUAUGUAUGUACCCGCAGCGCAUCCGCAUGUUCCAGGGUCAAAAUUCGUGUGUCUGUUUUUUAUUUCCUCUCUAUCUCGCCCUUGUUUUCAUCAUGUGUAAUUUCUCUUUGUUAAAUUUUAAUUUCUUGCUUUAACGCUCUACUUAUAUUAGGUAAGUCUUUUUUGUUAUUUGUAAAUACAUGGAAGGAGCUUGUGGCUUUCUUUUUGUUCGACUCGAGACGCGCCAUUUCGCACCUUAUAAAUCUUACAUUAAAUUUGAUUCGAUUCGUUUAAUGUUUUCUUGUGAAGCAAAGCUCAAAACAUAAAGAUUGAUUCGAUAAACAUAAAUGAAUAUUCAACACACAUAUUUUUGGGCACACACAAGAAGUACAGUACUACAACUACUACUAUUGCAAUGCGAAUAAAUCUCUUAAACAAUUAUUUAAUACUUAAGAACACAAUUUAUGAUGGAUUAUUAUGACGUAUUAUGUUUUUUAUUAUCACCUAUCGACAUUGUAAUUUACGUGAAAUAAAUCAAACAAAAAUCUACAAA